AUUGUUGUCGCGCAAAAAUUUACAGAAUCCUGCUUACGCCGAACCCCAAGGCCUCAAUUUCCAUCGACGCAAAAGAAACUCCCCGAUUUGGCAAUCUUUCUCACUCCGGGAGAGGAGAAGUGUACGAGAUGAUUGGCAAGUUUUAAGGCGACGCUACUUCCACCAUGAGCUCCCUCCCUACCCCAAUCCCUAUCCCUAAACCUGAUAUGUCCCGGACAUGCAUCAAAAGCGCUAGCUUCUCGAAUUCGCAAUGCCGCCUCUGUUUAUUACCCAGACAACGGAAACCGGUUAGCCUGUCAAUUGGGAUCGGCUGCAGGUUGAGCUCAUCCGUCUUCGAUGCAAGAUCCUCUCUCGAGCAGCCUGAACUGGUUGAGGAGACGUUUAUGGAGUGGGAGAGCCGGAAUCCGGCCAUCUCGUCGAUGUACCGUUGCCCGAAGAUCCCGCGGCCUAAUCAGAUAGUGCUGGAAGCGCAGGCUAAGGUCUGCACAGGUCCAGAACAGACGAGGCCACUGACCGAAGAGCAGGCCGUGAAGGUCCUUGAUACAAUUCUUAAAUCAGCUAGAGGAGAGCUAAAAGAUGAUGAAGUUUCCAAAGCACAACUUGGUGCAUUCUUUGCUGCUAUGACAAUACGAGCAAAUACAUUUCCACAAACUACCCAGUGGAGUGAAGGAGAAAGGCAUGCUAUGAAUUUAUUUUGGCCGCAUCUUGUUCAAGCUCUUCCUCCAGAUGUCAUCUUUAUAGCUGACCCUGAAGGUACAAUUAUGGGUAUAGGGAACUUCCCGCGGUACACUGGGCAAGGUAUGACAGAAAUGAGAUUGGUUGGUGCCCUCAGGGAAGUACUGGCCGGUGGUCAUCUAGGUUAUGAAGAGGUGAAGGGUGUUCUAAAAGAUGUUCUACCAUUAGGUGGUAACGAGUUACAGGAGGUCAAUGAGUCACUACUAGCCGCAUUUCUAAUUGGACAACGCAUGAAUCGUGAAACAGCUCGGGAGCUGAAAGCAUAUUGUCUUGCAUUUGAUGAUGAACUAGGGCCACCUCCUAUUGCUGAUGUUAGAUCUUUGACUCACUAUGGUGAGCCCUAUGAUGGAAACUCUCGUUUCUUUAAGAGCACCUUAUUUGUUGCUGCAGUAAGAGCUUGCUAUGGAGAAUCUUGCAUACUUCAUGGAGUGGAAUGGAUGCCUCCAAAGGGCGGUGUAACAGAAGGACAACUGCUUAAAUUCAUUGGUGCAAAUACCCAUUUGUCCCCAAUGCAGGCGAAGACAUUGUUAGAGGAUGAAGAUGUUGGUUUUGCUUAUGUGAGCCAAAGGGAAGCACAUCAACAAUUACAUUCGCUCAUUGGGCUCAGAGAGCACAUAAAGAAACGUCCACCCCUGGCAACUUCUGAGAAAGUCCAGCAAUUCGUGAGGACCCUUGGGAAAGAAGCCAUUGUUGCUGGAUUUUAUCAUGAUGGCUAUGAAGAUUCAUUGUUAAUGCUAAUGAGAAGGAGAGAAGUUCACGCAGGUUUAGUUGUCAAGGGGGAAGAAGGUUCGCUAUCAUUGACAACCAAACCAAGAUCAGUUAAUGCAUCAAAAGGUGUUCCAGUGAACCACUGUGCUGGGUUCCGCUUGCUUGGUAGAUCAAAUGACUAUUCGACUGAUGGAUUUUCUCGCAUAAAUUUCAGUAUAGAUGUCAAUGCUCAAGAUUAUGGUUUUGAACAUACAGACACCCCAAGAACGGAUAGAUCUGUCAGGAAAAACGUUGAGUUAGGAUUGGCUGCAUUAAGCGGUAAAAAGGGAGCAGCUUACGACCGCAUCGUUCUAAACGCUGGAAUGGUAGAUCAUCUGCUUGGAUGUGAAGGAGCAGAGGAUGUUCAGGCCGCCCUUCAAAGAGCCAGGGAAGCCAUUGACAGUGGUGAAGCCCUCAAUAGACUCAGGAACUUCAUAAAAAUUUCCCACAAAGUUAAAUAACAAUGGGACUGGUGUCUCUCUUUAUCACAAAGUUAAAUUAAUAAAAUAAAAGUAGGACAAGAAGUUACUAGAUGUAUAAAAUAAAAAGAAGCAAGAAAGAUUAGUUUUAUGUAAAUGCUAAUUGAUAUUGUUGUAAAAAAUUUGGAAGUUAUUGUUAAGAUUUUGAGAUUGAUUCUGUCUCUGUAUCAAAUUUAGGCUUUGGCAUUGAAUCUCU